GUAUGGCAACCACCUCCGGCGCCAAAUAGAACUGGCAGACAUAGACAUUCAGUACAAGAAGAAAAAGAUAGAAAAUCUUGCACUGGAGUCCGAAAUAAAAAAGAGGACAAUUAGGAAACUGGACCUUGAAAUAAAAAAAACUUGAGAGGGAGCUCCAAGAAGAUGACACAGCUCAAAAUAAAAAUUAGCAAUCAGUACAACCAAGUCAUCGUUAUAAGGCACCGGCCUCUUUUGCCCACCCCCCCAGCACCAGGUGUGGCCACUAGCCUAUAUGAAGGCCCAAAAUUGUGUGUUCCUUUCUGCUCUGACAAUGGCAUGCCCAUUCUUGCGAGAUGUGGUGGAUGAAGAAGCACUUGUGCUGAGGAGAGCCUUCAGGCGAGAAAGGGUCUUCAGGGACCGGUUGGACCCACUGGCCUUCCCUGAUGACCAUCUAUAUGAAAGAUACAGGUUUUCUGCAGAUGGCAUCAGGUAUCUAUGCAGACUACUGGGUCCCAGGAUUAAGCACCGCACUGCAUGGAGCCAUGCACUGAGUGUGGAGCAAAUGGUUUGUGUGGCCUUGCGCUUUUUUGCUAGUGGAGCCUUCCUGUACUCAGUGGGGGAUGCAGAACAGCUGAACAAAGCCACAAUUUGCCGCACAAUAAGGAGUGUGUGUCUGGCUAUCAAAGCAUUAGCAGAUGUCUUCAUCUCCUUCCCUGGCCACAGAAGACUCUGUGACAUGAAAGAGGAGUUCUAUAGGAUUGCAGGUUUCCCCAAUGUCAUUGGUGCAGUGGACUGCACACACAUAAGGAUAAAAGCCCCCUCAGGUACCCAUGAGGCCGAUUUUGUGAAUAGGAAAUCCUUUCACAGCAUUAAUGUUCAGAUGGUCUGCAAUGCUGACUGUGUGAUCAGCAAUGUUGUGGCAAAAUGGCCUGGCUCAGUCCAUGACUCCAGAAUCUUUCGGGCCUCUGAAAUCUAUCAGUGCCUAUCACAAGGUGAAUUCUCUGGUGUGUUGCUGGGAGACAGGGGGUAUGGCUGCCAGCCUUUUCUCCUGACACCCUUCACAGACCCCCAGGAAGCGCAGCAGGCCUACAACCAUGCCCAUGCCAGGACCAGGGCCAGAGUUGAAAUGACCUUUGGCCUCCUGAAGGCACGCUUUCACUGCCUUCACAAAUUAAGGGUCAACCCUGUUAGGGCAUGUGAUAUUACUGUGGCUUUUGCUGUCCUCCACAAUGUGGCCUGCCUGAGGAAGGAGAGGGCCCCCAGAGUGCCACCAGCCAUGGACUGGGACAAUCCGGCAAUCUUCCCUGAUGACGACAGUGGUCGGCUGCUGAGGGACCAAUAUGUGUUGAAUUAUUUUAGUUAGUAUGUGUGCUUUCAAUUUAGGU